AUGCCAUCUGAAGAGGGGCGGGAAAGGCAGGAGGGUCGUGGUGAAGGGGGCACAAGAGGAAACGGACACGAAAGGCACGAGAAACAGGCACACCGCCACCCUACAAGCCCUGCCUCCCCUCUCUCCCCUUCGUGCCCAGUAGAAGCCACCCUGUCAGACCACUGCCUCGACUUUUUGGAGGCACAGAAACAGGCGGAUUUGGCUGAUCUGUUAGACAAAUUGGGGAUAGUGAAGUCCAGCGAGACGAGUGCCAGUAACGUUCCUUUCUCUGCUGCGUUUCGACACUGCGAGGUAAAAGACAGUCAAGUAUUCACUCCUCCUGCAUCUAGAGAAGUGGGCAGCUUCUAUCAGAACAAGUCGGAAAGUAGCAGAGAUCGAACCGACACGGCAGAGAAUGAACGGUCGGCCAGGGCAGAGUGCAUCACCACCUCGUCGCCUGCGUUGCCCACGAGUGAUGAGGAAGGGAAUUCUGAAGAGACGGUAUCGAAUCUUGCCGGAGAAAAAGAUGAGAGUCACUUCUUCUCUGAGUUACCCGUCUCCGGAAGUCCUCUGGCAGAACAAGACACGACGGUGUUCCGCAACGACGAAACCGUGCAAGAGGAAGACAAGCAUAGCUACCGCGGCAGGCGUUUGUGGGAAAACCGCACGCUGGUAGACGCAGCAGAAACGAAAGCAGAUGUUGUGCUCGAGAGCAGCGGUUUGUAUCCUCGUAUCAAAGCAGCAGUGUCUGGAAUGCGUGUGGUGAAAGCGUACAGAAACGUCUUGAGUUGGGCAUUGGGGAAAGGAGAACAAUGGUCUGUGCUGCCCCGGGAGAUUGACAGUAGAAAUGGAAGACGCUGCACGCCCUCUCGGUCUGGUCGCGAAAAGGUCAAGUCCAUCUCUUUUCCGUCACAGCCUGGCGUUCAGUGUCCUCUCGUUGAUUUCCAGCACCGGGGUCGCAGCAGGAAGAGCCGGCGGAACUUGCUUCCAGAGAGUGUAUUCUUCCCCUCCGGAAUGAGUUUCGCCAAACUGCGCCUGGAAUGCUGUGGAAAUGCGUAG